AUGUCACUUUCUGUUGGUACAAUCACCAGCUGCAUCGCUUUUCUACCGUUUCUCAUCAAUAAACUGAACGUUUUGAAUGCAUCGCUUAGCGUACAGCUUGAUCAGUUUGAUGCGAUUGAGAGUAAUAUUCUUCAAGAGGUACGCUCACUAGGACUCAUCAACAAUAAUCAAAGAACUCGGCGUCAGACAGUGCCUAAAUGUGUAUGCGAUGCAGCCGAUAGAUGCCCUCCUGGUCCAUCUGGAAAAGCGGGAGAAACUGGAGUGGAUGGUACUCCGGGUAGUGUCGGAAGAACAGGAGAACAAGGAGUUCCGGGCAUCAUACCACAAGAACUGCAGCAACCAAAAGAGAUGGGAUGUCGUCAAUGCCCGCCUGGACCUGCAGGUCCUCCAGGCUUUUUUGGAGCUUCAGGUGAUCUGGGAAGAGAGGGUGAAGCUGGCCUACCAGGAGUUACAGGUCGUCCCGGAGCCAACGGUCCACCUGGUUUAUCAGGUGAUACCGGUGAAUCAGGAGUUGCAGGUGAACCGGGAGAAUUCGGUUUGAAUGGUGCUGAUGGAAUUCAGGGUCAAUCGGGCGCACCUGGCGAACCUGGGAACAUCGGUGAGAGAGGGCCAAAAGGUAACUCUGGUUACGCUGGAAAUCAAGGUUAUCCAGGUUCACAAGGAUCGUCUGGUGCCACCGGAGAGAGCGGAAGAAUAGGACAGCAAGGUGUAUCUGGUUAUCCGGGACCAGCGGGCAUUCCGGGAAACCCUGGAGAAGAUGGAACUUACUGCCCAUGUCCUUCGAGAGGCGCACGAGGUAAGAAAUCAGCAACGAAGAAAAUCUGA